UGAUGCAAAUUCAAAACAGGUGAGAGCCAAUUAUAUUGCUUUAAAAUCAGCAAGCUCUGCACUCCAUAGCUCCAGCUUUUGCCUCCACCACAAACAAGUUUACACAACAUCUGCCAUAAAUUUUAAGUUGAAGCACUCAGCGUCGGUUUGAGGAGAGUUACACUUGCAUGAGCUAAUCAUAAUCUUAAUAAGAUAAGUCAAGAAAACCGAUAGUUAAAGUAGGUACGAAUUAAGAAGAGGAUCUGCUUUUUAUGAGUCUGCAUUUUCUCAACGAACUGAAGGGAAGAUUGCAAGCUAAGUACAACCGGCUGGUGGAGGGUUUAGCAUUAAGAGGGACUUAUCUAAGAUGUGAUCGAUGGCAUUUUAUAGGCCCAAGGAUAAAAGAGUCGCUUUAGAACCAUAUCUUCUUCACAAAGCAAAAUGAUGGAAAAUCAAGACAGGAGCCGAUUAUUGUUUCAAAAUCAGCAAGCUCUUCACUCCAUAGCUGCAGAUUUGCCUACACCACAAACAAGUCACAUCACAUCUGCCAUAGGUAAAAGCUAGACAGGUGAGGCAAAUUGUUACAAAAUCAGCAUGAUUCACUCCAUAUCUCACUGCAACCGAAACUCUGUCCUCCUCAUCAAUCCAAACCCAGCGACUAUGCUCCACAAGACAAGACAAGGUCUUGUUAAUAACCAAUUAUAAAGCUCGACCUUUGAAAAAUCAGUGAACAAGAAGGCAGUGCAUCUAGUUUCACUAAGGUCUAAGGUUUGACUCUCAUCUGCAUUAUACGAUGGGAAAAAAUCCUCUUCUUAACUAUAAUUGUGGAUCAACAACCAACAACUCUAAUCCACAAGACAAGACGGUCUUGUAUGCCUUUCAGUCACUAAGCACACUCCAGAGGAGAACAUAAAGGUUUACGUUUGAACUGCUGAAUUGAUGUAGAAGUUUCAAAUAAGCACCAGAGACUUGUCCUUGCCUCAUGCCAACAAGUGCCUUCCACAGGAUAAAAGACCCGUUUUGGAACCAUUUCUUCUUCACAAAUCAAGACUCCGGUAAAAAAAAGUUCAGAGAAUCCAUGCCAGAGGUCAACAACGACAAGGCCGCAGAUGCCCAGUAAAAGCUAGAUGAUGCACAAUCAAGACAGGUGAGCCGGUUAUUGCCAGAAUUCAAGGAAGAUUGCAAACUAAAUAUAGUCUGGUUGAGGGUUUAGCACCAAGAAGGGACUUAUCUGGUGAAUAUGUUGUCAGGAAGGAAGUGAUCAAUAUGGCUUGCAAACUCUGGACCUCCCCAAUGAUAUUCCAUUAUCAUUGAGCCUUAUGACGAGAGGCAUAAUAUCGUUUCAAAGAUGUCAACGACACGAAACUGCAUCUGUCCUAUGGUUCUAACUCGGGGAAGUGAUCUGCUUCCUGCUUCCUGCUAGCCAAAUUUGACAUGAGAAGUGAUUCUGGUGUUGUCCGGAAGUACAGAAAGCUUUUGGAAGAGAUGGUAUCUUUUUUUUCCUAACGGGGUUACCUGCUUCUUUGUUAGUUGGUAAUCAAUCAUACAUGGAUAGCGUCAUUGCUACAUACAUGGACUGAAACUGGAAUUCAGAAGAGUUGGUGGCUGGCGUGUGAUCGGAAACGAUUAUCAUGUGAAUAUUCUGCUUUUAUAAAUUACUACUAGUCCGUCCUUCAUUAAUCUCCCAAAACUAACCGACCUCCCUCGCUAUAUAAAUAUGGGUUUCAUCUCCUCCACCAAAAAGUUCAAAACACACACAAUUCAGAGACUUUGCGAUUCCUCUCUCUCUCUCUCUCUGAACAUUCAGAUCUUUUUCUUGAAGAAGGAAGCUCAUGGCUCGUACGAAGCAAACCGCGAGAAAAUCACAUGGAGGAAGCAGCUCGCCACCAAGGCGGCGAGGAAAUCUGCGCCGACCACCGGUGGAGUCAAGAAGCCUCACCGUUACCGUCCUGGAACCGUCGCUCUUCGUGAGAUUCGUAAGUACCAGAAGAGCACAGAGUUGUUGAUCCGUAAACUUCCGUUUCAGCGUCUUGUUCGUGAAAUCGCCUAAGAUUUCAAGACAGAUCUGAGAUUCCAGAGUCACGCUGUGUUAGCACUUCAAGAAGCUGCGGAGGCGUAUUUGGUGGGUUUGUUUGAAGACACCAAUCUUUGUGCCAUUCACGCCAAGAGGGUUACGAUUAUGCCUAAGGACAUUCAGCUCGCAAGAAGGAUUCGUGGGGAGCGUGCUUAGAGAUUUGUUCUAUGUUCUUCUUAAAAUAAUAUUUAAAGCCCAUUACGGCUUAAAACAAAAUUAAAAGCCCAAGCGGUGCGUUUUUCAUCAAAAGGCCAAAACGUAGCGUUUUGUAGACACCACCAACCUAACUGUUUUUAAUCAAGAAGAAUGUUCCAAGAAAAAAAUGAAGCAGUUUCUUAUUUUCUUCACUCUCCCGUCUUCUGGAUUAAAUUCCAAACUCGUGAUCUCAUCAUCUUCUUCGUUGAGUUUUUUGUUUCGCUAGGGUUAUAAUUCGAAGAAGAUGGAUCGGAUCAGCGGUCUGCCAGAUGAACUUAUCAUGCUAAUUUUGAGUUUUCUUGAUGCAAAGGAUGCUGCGUCUUUGGUUACCUCAAGGAGGUUUAGGAAUCUCUAUACCAUCAUACCAGAUCUUGAGUUCGAUGACACAUCUAAGUUUCAGGGGAAUUUCACGGAUUUCAUGAGUGAAGCGUUGGCUGCUCGGCUGAAAACUACAACGCGCAUAAGGAGAUUCUCUUUGAAAUCUAAAAGGGGUCUUGAUCCAGAUCGUAUCAACCCCUGGCUACGUGAUGUGUUGAAUCAUCGUGGUGUCAUGGAUCUUGAAAUGGGCAUAUAUGGUGAUAAUGGAUAUACGUUGCCUUUGGAGAUCUUCACUUGCAAGACACUCAAGAACCUGAAACUUGGGAGGGAAAUCGUUAUCAGUCUUGUCCCUGAGAAUGCUUUGCUACCAAGCCUUGAGACCCUCGUUUUUGAUGACUGCGUUCGCUUCUGUAAUCCUGUUGAUUGUGCGUUCAAGGCGUUUCUUUCGGCUUGCCCUGUGCUUAAGGAACUAACCGUUGAUGGUAUGUGCUGGGAAACUUGGGAAUGGUCUGGCAUCGUGUCUAGUCAGAGUCUUCAAAGACUUACUAUUGGUCGUGAGCUGGUAGAUUUUGAAGGGCCAAAGCCACAGUACAUUACUUUUGAUACUCCAAGUCUUGCCUACUUAGAGUACGGUGAUUUUGUCCCGGAUGGGUAUACAACUGUUAGUUUCGGGUCCCUUGUGGAAGCUAAGCUCAAUCUUCUUGUGAUGGUAAAUCGCCAAUGGCAUGGACGGUUUGCAAAUGACGGCGAUGUCUUGUCUAGCAAUGCAACAAAUCUGAUUCAAGGGAUAAGAAAUGUUCAGAUCCUGAAAUUAUCAUCUCCGUAUACUUUUGAGACGCUUUACUUCUUCCGUGAUGCAAUUCCAGUAUUAGAGAAGCUACAUCAUCUAACUAUGAUAAAUGAUGAUAUGGGUUUCUGUUGGAGGUUUCUUCCCUUUUUGCUAAACAAGGCUCCGAAUCUGAAGACCCUUGUUAUCGAGGGUGGAGUGCACUGUCUUGAACCUGAAGAUGCUGAAGAACCUGACUUUGCAGAAGAAGCUGACAAUGUUGAAGAAGAACCUGACUGUGUGUGCGAGUGUUUGUCGGGAUAUACUUGUCUAUUGACAUGUUCAGUAGAGGUCUUGGAGAUAACUUUAUGGUUUGGCGGGACGACUGGUGAGUUGCAGCAAGUAAAACAUUUCUUAGGAAAGUUGCCACGUCUGGAGCUGCUGAAAGUUCGUACUUGGAGAAGAAUAAGCGAUAGUGACAAGUUAAGAAUCCACAUGGAUCUUCAUAUGUUUCCGAGAGCUUCAUCCAACUGCAGGGUCCAGCUCAGUUUUGUUUGAAAAUUACACAAACGUUGGUCCUCCUAGUUGCUUAAGUCUGUUGGAACAUGAAUCGGUUUGUGCACAUUCUUGGUCACUUUAUCUUCAGUCUGAUUCUAUCUAGUUUCUAGGCAUGAUAUGUGAUUUGUAACUCAGUGUGCUUCGAUGGGCUCUUAGUUUAUGUCUCAGAUGAUCAUGUGAACUUCAGUCCCACGUGAGAAAGAUUUAAUCAAAAGGCGGAUGAGUUUUUUUAGUGGA